CAAAAGAAAGAUUUAAGAAACUUCUUUUUAUAUACACAGCGACGGCGUUGAAUGAUUUACGCGUAAACGAUGAUGAUGAAGCGCAACAGAGGGGUCAUCGUGCAGUCAACUUCCCAACCACGCCAAUGUUGAAUCUGAGAAACUCGUGAGCUAGAGCUUUCUGAGGUGUAAUCUGAGUAAUUUUCUGAAAUAUUUGUGUUGGAGUUCAAUCCAGAUCGUGACCAGAAUCCGGGGACCUUUGAUUUUGCAACCGUUUGAGUUUUGGUUUCCAGAGUUGAUUGAUUGAUAUUGUGGAGAUUCUUCUGGGUCCAUAGCAAAAUGGGAGUUAUGUCCAGGCGGGUUGUGCCCGUCUGUGGCAACCUGUGUUGCGUCUGUCCUUCUCUGCGGGCGAGCUCUAGACAACCGGUGAAACGAUACAAGAAGUUGCUAGCCGAUAUUUUCCCACGCAAUCAGGAGGCUGAACUUAAUGACAGAAAAAUUGGAAAACUAUGUGACUAUGCUUCCAAGAACCCACUGAGAAUUCCCAAGAUUACUGAUUACUUGGAGCAAAUAUGUUACAAGGAUUUGCGUUAUGAAACCUUUGGCUCAGUGAAAGUUGUCUUGUUCAUAUACAAGAAAUUCUUAUCGUCAUGUAAGGAACAGAUGCCUCUUUUUGCUGGUAGUUUGUUAGAGAUUAUUCGAACUCUUCUAGAACAAACCCGAACAGAUGAAAUCAGGAUCUUAGGCUGCAACGUUCUUUUUGAUUUUCUAGAAUGCCAGACAGAUGGUACAUACAUGUUCAACUUAGAGGGUUUUAUUCCUAAGCUAUGUCAAUUGGCUCAAGAAGUGGGGGAAGAUGAACGAGCUUUGCGUCUACGUUCAGCUGGACUACAAGCUCUAUCCUAUAUGGUGCGUUUCAUGUGUGAGCACUCACAUCUUUCCAUGGUUUCAGAUGAAAUUAUAUCAGUGACUUUGGAGAAUUACACGAGUCUCCAAUCCAACUCCAAAUCUUCCAUGGAAAAUAAGCUGAAUUCUGAGUCACUGGACCCUAUAGUACAGGGAUUUCCUAAAGUAGAAGACCCUUUAACAGAUAUCACUAAGAAGGAUCCUUUGUUGCUGAAAGCUGUGACUGGAAAUGAGAUGAACAUUGUGUUGGAUACUGCUAAAGAUCCUACAUACUGGUCAAAGGUCUGCUUGUAUAAUAUGGUCAAAUUAGCAAGAGAAGCUACAACUUUACGGCGUGUUCUUGAACCUCUUUUUCAUUAUUUUGAUUCUGAAAAUCAAUGGUCUUCUGAAAAAGGAGUUGCUGCUCAUGUUUUGAUUUACUUACAAUCUCUUUUAGCAGAAUCAGGAGAUAAUUCCUGCCUUCUGUUGUCCGUUUUGGUCAAGCACUUGGAUCAUAAAAAUGUUGCUAAGCAGCCGAUCCUUCAGAUUAAUAUUAUUAACGCAACAACAAAACUUGCACAAAAUGUGAAGCAACAGGCUUCGGUUGCAAUACUUGGUGCAAUAUCUGAACUAAUUAAACAUUUAAGGAAGACUCUGCAAAAUUCAGCCGAAGCUUCCAGCUUUGGAAAUGAUGGGUUUAAGUUGAAUACUGAACUUCAAUUUGCCUUGGAAAUGUGUAUAUUGCAUCUUUCCAACAAGGUUGGGGAUGUAGGACCCAUUCUUGAUUUGAUGGCUGUGGUGUUAGAGAAUAUCUCAACUACAACUACCAUUGCAAGAACGACAAUUUCUGCUGUUUAUCAAACUGCAAAGCUAAUCACGUCCAUCCCUAAUGUAUCAUAUUACAAGAAGGCUUUCCCUGAUGCUUUGUUUCAUCAAUUGCUCCUGGCCAUGGCUCACUCUGAUCAUGAAACCCGAGUUGGAGCUCAUCGCAUCUUUUCUGUAGUGCUUAUUCCAUCACCAUUUUCUCCUCAGUUAGACCAAAUAACAAAGAUGUCUGAGAAGGUAUCAAGCGAAAGCUUCUCCAUUCAGCAUGAAAAUCUUUUAGGAGCAGAGUAUAUGAGUGGGAAACACGCGGAAGGAAAGGCAGUAGUUGGUGUGAGUGAGAAAUAUGCAAUUCGUCCAUACCAUGUUCACAUCUUUCCUGGGGCUCUAAUGGAUGGAAAACAUGAGCUAAGCUCUUUUCGGUUAAGCAGUCACCAAGUGAGUCUCUUGCUUUCUUCAAUCUGGAUUCAGGCAACCUCUAUGGAUGGUGGCCCUGCAAAUUUUGAGGCAAUGGCUCACACUUAUAGCAUUGCUUUAUUGUUCACUCGUUCAAAGACAUCCAGUUACAUGGCUUUAGUAAGAUGUUUCCAACUGGCAUUUUCCCUAAUGAGCCUCUCUUUGGAUCAAGAAGGAGGUUUGCAACCAUCUCGCAGGAGGUCUCUUUUCACUUUAGCAUCAUACAUGCUUAUAUUCUCAGCCAGGGCAGGGAAUUUCCCUGAGCUAAUUCCAAAAGUUAAAGCAUCCUUGACAAAUUUAACUGUAGAUCCUUUCCUUGAGUUGGUCGAUGAUGUCAAGCUGUGUGCUGUUUAUACAGAAUCAGAGAAGAUAGUUUAUGGAUCUAAGGAAGAUGAUGUUUCAGCUAUGAAGACACUGUCAGCAAUUAAAUUGGAUGAUAAGGAAUUGAAAGAGACUGUAAUAUCAUUCUUCCUGACUAAAUUUUCAGAAUUAUCAGAGGAUGAGUUGUCGACCAUAAAAAAACAACUUGUACAAGGGUUUUCCCCUGAUGAUGCCUAUCCACUGGGACCUCCUUUGUUUAUGGAGACACCAGUGCAGUCUUCUCCACUUGCUCAGAUUGAGUUCCCAGAUUUUGAUGAGAUUGUGGCUUCGGCAGCUUUGAUGGAUGAAGAGGCCCGGCCUGAACCUAGUGGAAGUCAGUCAGAUCGUAAAUCAUCACUAUCUAGCAAUAACCCAGACAUUCUAAGUGUUAAUGAACUCUUACAAUCGGUAUUGGAAACUGCACGACAGGUGGCUAGUUUUCCCAUUUCAUCAACUCCUGUGCCUUAUGACCAAAUGAAGAACCAGUGUGAGGCACUUGUAACAGGAAAACAAAAGAAGAUGUCAGUUCUUCACAGUUUCAAGCACCAGCAGGAAACUAGGGCAAUAGUUCUUUCAAGUGAAAUUGAAAUGAAAGUUUCCCCUUUGCCAAUUAAGACACUGGAUUAUUCAGAAGGUGAUCUGAAGUUGGUGAGUCAGGAACAAUUUCAAGCACAAUAUCAAGUUCGCCCCUGUUCAUUUGAUUUUGGACAGCAUCAUUCUUUAAAGCUACCACCUGCAAGCCCCUUUGAUAAAUUCUUGAGAGCUGCUGGAUGCUAGGUGUACAAGAUUGCCAUAAUAGAUAUGUAUUUUAAUUAUACACAGAUGGAAACAUCAUCCCCUUUUUUUGUUUUGUUUAGUUUAAUUGUCUCUUUCUCAAUCAUUUGGUAUUUUUUCAUUCUUUUUGUAGCAAUAAACUUCCUAUUUUUUUAGCUGUCUUUCA